CCCCCUCCCCGCCUCCACCUCCUCGCACUUACAAGCCCUGUUUUGUGUGUCAAGACAAGUCCUCAGGUUACCACUACGGAGUCAGCGCCUGCGAGGGCUGCAAGGGCUUCUUCCGCCGCAGCGUGCAGAAAAACAUGGUAUACACCUGUCACCGUGACAGGAACUGCAUCAUCAACAAGAUCACCAGGAACCGCUGCCAGUACUGUCGGCUGCAGAGGUGCUUUGCUGUGGGGAUGUCGAAGGAGUCAGUGAGAAACGACAGGAACAGGAGGAAGGGGAAGAAAGAAGCGGUGAAGAUGACCAUCAUGGAGACGUACGAGCUGACGGCGGAGCUCGGCCUCAUAGUGGAGAAGAUCUGCAGGGCUCACAGAGAGACCUUCCCCUCCCUUUGCCAGCUGGGAAAAUACACCACAAACUCCAGUUCAGACCACCGGAUCCAGCUGGACCUGGGGCUGUGGGACAAGUUCAGCGAGCUCGCCACCAAGUGCAUCAUCAAGGUGGUGGAGUUCGCCAAGCGAGUGCCGGGCUUCACCGGCCUGACCAUCGCCGACCAGAUCACUCUGCUCAAAGCUGCCUGCCUGGACAUCCUGAUCCUGAGGAUUUGCACUCGCUACACUCCAGACCAGGACACCAUGACCUUCUCUGACGGGUUGACCCUGACCCGCACUCAGAUCCACAAUGCUGGAUUCGGACCGCUGACAGAUCAGGUUUUCACGUUUGCUGGGCAGCUGCUGCCGCUGGAGAUGGACGACACGGAGAGCGGGCUCCUCAGCGCCAUCUGCCUCGUCUCUGGAGACCGACAGGACCUGGAGGAGCCGUCUAAGGUGGAGGUGCUGCAGGAGCCGCUGCUGGAGGCUCUGAAGAUCUACUCUCGCAAACGGCGACCCAGCAUGCCUCUCAUGUUCCCCAAGGCCCUCAUGAAGAUCACUGACCUGCGCAGCAUCAGUGCUAAAGGGGCUGAGAGGGUGGUGACGCUAAAGAUGGAGAUCCCGGGCUCCAUGCCUCCUCUGAUCGAGGAGAUGCUGGAGGAUCUGCAGAACCUGGAGAAGCACCAGAAGAAACACUCGGAGGAGAUCCGAGCAGAGCAAAACACCAGCGAGCACACACACACCAUCUCCUCACAGUACACGUUCUCCUCUGGUUUCUUACUCUGAAGCUGCUCUAAGAACAUUUUGUCUUGUCCUUCUGCCCAGAGAAACCGUUAAUUAUAUGAAGUACAGAUGCAGUUCAGAGGGGUACUUGUGUCUUACCUCAGUCUUUGGUCAGAGAAAUGUCGAUGAAUAUUCACAAACUGAUCUGCAGGCGUGAUCUGCAGACAUGAUGAAAAAAGAGAAUGAUGCAGUAACGUUUUAAUCAGUCACAGUUUAAUUUUUUAACCCUUGGUCGCAGGCACCUCAUAACCACAGAGAAUCACUCUCAACCUUUCUUUAUCUGGAUUUUAUUGUAUUUAUAUUUGCAUGAGAUAUCACAUGGAUUAAUUUUUUACCUCAUUAAAUAACAAUGCCUUUAGUAUUAGUGUAGCCAAGAUAGCCAACAUAUGGAAUGGAUUUUUUUAGCUUUUUAUGUGAAUUUUUUCACUCGGCAGAGUCGCUGUUUGUACCUGAUGUGUUGAUGUGCUCUGUAAGAAAAGAAAAGGGAAAUGUAAAUGCAAAAACUUGAUGGAGGUUUUACUCGUGAAUGUUUAUAACCGGUAUUAACAAAGUUCACAAACUGAUGUAGCUGA